AUGUUUAGGGCAAGAAAUCUCAUCCGAUCCACAUCUGCUAUCACCCUCGGGAAUUCAAACCCUAUUAUCUCCUCUCCAUUGUCUUCUAACUUGCCUGCACACAAUUUCCCUAGAGUUCGAAGUUACUUCAGAGAUCGAAACAAAAACUAUGUGAAUCGGUGUCCGAUUAACUUCGGGGUCCUUUUUGUGCCGGAAGCUGAAGCUUUCGUGGUGCAGCGGUGUGGAAAGUUCACGAAGGUUCUACCCCCUGGAGUCAAUUUCUUGGUUCCCUUCUUAGACAAAGUUGCUUACGUGCAUAACUUGAAAGAGGAGGUCAUAAAUGUUCCUAACCAGUCCGCUACCACCAAAGACAAUGUAGAGAUCACUAUUGAUGCUGUGCUCUAUCUCAAGAUUGUUGAUCCUUAUAAGGCUUCAUAUGGGGGCGGCGCAUAUGGGGGUGGAAGUCCUUUAGUUUUAGCUAUUAACCAUGCUCAGGCUGCCAUGCGUAGCGCCAUCGGACUUAUGACUCUUGACAGGACAUUUGAGGGAAGAAACUACCUGAAUGAGAAAAUAUUGGAGGCCCUUAAAACCAGUGAGAGCGCUUGGGGCUUAAGUUGCCUUAGAUAUGAAAUAAGGGAUAUAACUCCUCCGAGAGCGGUGAGGGAAUCUAUGGGGAUGCAAGCAGAUGCAGAACGCAGAAAAAGAGCUCUAAUUCUUACUUCCGAAGGAGAAAGACAAAAGACCCUUAACAAAGCAGACGGAGACAAGACUAGAGAUAUUUUAGAAGCAGAAGCCAAAAAGAGAUCUGUAUGUUUAUUGGGAGAAGGACAAGCACAAGCCAUCAAGGCUAAAGCAGAAGCAGACGCGCAAGCCAUCAAGGUUAAAGCAGAAGCAGAAGCGCAAGCCAUCAAGGCUAAAGCAGAAGCAGAAGCUUACACCAUCAAGGCUAAAGCAGCUGCAACAUCUGAAGGUAUUGCUCUCAUGGCAAAGAAACUCGAGGAAGUUGGGGGUCAAGAGGCUGCGGCUUUGACUAUUGCUGAGCAAUACGUUAAUGCUUUUGGGAAUCUUGCUAAAGAGGGCACAACUGUGUUGCUUCCAUCUUCUGCUUCAGAUCCUGCUAGCAUGAUUUCUCAGGCACUCAGUAUCUACAAAAGAUUGAGUGACAAACCCUCCAAGAUCAAGAAUACUGCACCCCAAAGUUGA